AUGGAGCUCUAUCCCAGCCAGGCCUACCAGCCUCCAGAUCACCUCAUAGAGCUCUAUCCCAGCCAGGCCUACCAGCCUCCAGAUCACCCCAUGGAGCUCUAUCCCAGCCAGGCCUACCAGCCUCCAGAUCACCUCAUGGAGCUCUAUCCCAGCCAGGCCUACCAGCCUCCAGAUCACCUCAUAGAGCUCUAUCCCAGCCAGGCCUACCAGCCUCCAGAUCACCUCAUGGAGCUCUAUCCCAGCCAGGCCUACCAGCCUCCAGAUCACCUCAUGGAGCUCUAUCCCAGCCAGGCCUACCAGCCUCCAGAUCACCUCAUGGAGCUCUAUCCCAGAGCCAGACACCCUACUCCCAGCCAGACACCUCUGGAGCUCAGCCCCUACCAGCCUCCAGAUCACCUCAUGGAGCUCUAUCCCAGCCAGGCCUACCAGCCUCCAGAUCACCUCAUGGAGCUCUAUCCCAGCCAGGCCUACCAGCCUCCAGAUCACCUCAUGGAGCUCUAUCCCAGCCAGGCCUACCAGCCUCCAGAUCACCUCAUGGAGCUCUAUCCCAGCCAGGCCUACCAGCCUCCAGAUCACCUCAUGGAGCUCUAUCCCAGCCAGGCCUACCAGCUUCCAGAUCACCUCAUGGAGCUCUAUCCCAGCCAGGCCUACCAGCCUCCAGAUCACCUCAUGGAGCUCUAUCCCUGCCAGGCCUACCAGCUGCUGGACAACCCUGCAGAACACUAUCCCUGUCCCAGGCAGCAGGCAGCUCAGAUGCAGAGGGCGGUAAUUGAAUCGUGUAGCCAGGCUGAAAGCCCCCAGAGCUGGCUGGGUGUGGAGAUCUGCUUCGGCCCUCUCUGGCUAAACUCCACCGGAGAAACCCUUCCUGUGACCCUUCCGGAAAAACUUCCUGAGACCCUUCCAGAAACCCUUCCAGAAACCCUUCCAGAGACCCUUCCAGAGAUCCUUCCAGAGACCCUUCCAGAGACCCUUCCAGAAACCCUUCCAGAGACCCUUCCAGAAACCCUUCCUGAGACCCUUCCUGAGACUCUUCCAGAAACCCUUCUUGAGACCCUUCCAGAGACCUUUUCCAGAGACCUUUUCAGAAAUCUUCCAGAGACCAUUUCCAGAAACCCUUCCAGAAGACCCUUUCCAGAAACCCUUCCAGAAACCCUUUCCAGAAACCCUUCCAGAGACCUUUUCCAGAGACACUUCCACAGACCAUUUCCAGAAACCUUUCCAGAAACCCUUCCUGAGACCCUUCCAGAAACCCUUCCAGAGACCCUUCCAGAGACCCUUUCCAGAGACCCUUUCCUGACACCCUUCCAGAGACCCUUUCCAGAGACCCUUCCAGAGACCCUUCCUGAGACCCUUCCAGAGACCCUUUCCAGAGACCCUUCCAGAGACCAUUUCCAGAAACCUUCCAGAAACCAUUUCCAGAAACCUUUCCAGAAACCCUUCCUGAGACCCUUCCAGAAACCCUUCCAGAGACCCUUCCAGAGACCCUUCCAGAGACCCUUCCAGAGACCCUUUCCUGAGACCCUUCCAGAGACCCUUCCAGAGACCCUUCCAGAGACCCUUCCAGAGACCCUUCCAGAGACCCUUCCUGAGAAUCUUCCAGAGACCAUUUCCAGAAACCCUUCCACAGACCAUUUCCAGAAACCCUUCCAGAAACCCUUUCCAGAAACCCUUCCAGAGACCUUUUCCAGAGACACUUCCACAGACCAUUUCCAGAAACCUUUCCAGAAACCCUUCCUGAGACCCUUCCAGAAACCCUUCCUGAGACCCUUUCCAGAGACCCUUCCAGAGACCCUUCCUGAGACCCUUCCAGAGACCCUUCCAGAUUUCCAGAGACCCUUCCAGAGACCCUUUCCAAGAACUCUCCGUUUAAUCCCUUUGGGUUCUAGAUCCUCAUGU